AUGACUGGAGUUCCUAACAGUACCUUUUCGGAGAAGGAUUCGCUUGGAACUGUAACUGGAUCUGUUUUAUUCUCUACUUUGGAGCAGCUAACGGCAUCCAGAACUCUUCGACUUAAACUUGACAACCCUAUUUGUGUGGCUGUCAUCGCUAUUGACAGGUAUUUAGGCGAUCAACAGAAAACAGACGGUUGUGUUGACAGUUAUAAAUAUGAUGUGACGGUAACUGAUGGAAAGUUUCGGGCGAAGUGCUUUCUCGCGGUAACUCUAAAUCAUUUGGUUCACAAGAACUCACUGCGCUGCGGAACAGAUGUUCAAAUAUCACAACUUUCCUUUAUUUACGAUGAAAGGAGGUUGGGACAAAGUUUUGUAUGUUUGGAGACCAUUGACUGCACGGCACAGCAUUCUACUAUAUUACCCACGAUCAAAGAUUUGAGUGCCUUGCGACAAUGGUCAAGAACUGAUGGUGGAAGCUCGAUGUUGUUGCAAGUGGAUGCGCCGUUACAAACAGAUCGGAAACAUUAUUUAUCUCUUUGGAAUAAUGAAGAUCCACACGGCAGGAGGUGGGUGCCUCACAGUCCGCCGCCGGACGUUGUGAUUGAUGUGUCAAAAAUUUCCCUGCUCGGUGAUCUGGACUCAUUCUUUGCCAACUCUAAGCGACCUCUCCCACUGCUUGUCAGAGUACUACACAAGUCCAGACUCAGAUAUUACGGGAAGCCCGGGCAAAAGAUAGACUUCCCAUACCAGGCGUACUUUGAGGUUGCUGAUCAGAGUGGGAUUAUGACCAUGGUCCUGUGGAAUGACCUGUGUCUGGAGUGGUACCAGAGGUUGACCAUUGGAACUGUGGUUUACCUCCAGCAGUUUGCUCUGAAACGCAGCUAUCAGAACCGCUCUCGACCACAGCACAACCAGACCCAGCUCAUGCAUUUUCACUCCACAGAAAUCUCCUUGAACCCACAUAGCCCUCCAGCUAUAGUGACAGUAAUUCCACCAAAGCGUGUUCUGCCCGAGUGGUGUUUACCUGAGGUCGCCUUUAAUUUCACCACCAGAUCUGAAGUGGAGAACCUGGCCAGUAACCAAGCCUGUGACAUCAUUGGCUUAGUGACGUUUGUGGGCCGUGUUGAGCGAAUCAAAAACAAGGGGAAUGCAGUUCCAGAGAAGUACUGGACGUAUCGCUGGGUCCACGCUGUGGACGGAACCUUUGACACACCCUUCAUACUGGAGAUCUUCUCCUCCUCACAACCAGACAUUUUUAAUAAUAUUGCUCCAAUGACGUAUCUGGUGUGUACUCAAAUGAGGGUGUGUCGAGAGGCGGGCUUUCCUCUCUAUCUGACCAGCAGCAGUGAGACACAGCUCUUUGUGACAGGCUGUCACAAGAGGCAACCCUAUGUGAACACUCCUAAAGUGAAGGCCUUUAUCCAGUGGACUAAAACCCUGAAGGACAUGGCCGUGUUGAGGAAAACCGCAGUCGGUGGUUAUUACUGCUACCCCCCUGCCCCACCCACCUUUUCCACCAGCUCUGACAACGCAGGCACUCAGAUUCCGGUAGUUGCACUCGCUGACCUGAAGGAGGGGCUGAAGAGCCUGUGUUAUCGGGAACACAAGAGACUGGCCAUCCAGGGCCAAAUUGUGGCUGUGCAGUACCACUCCAGGCCUGAGGAGGCAUCACAAGCGCAAGAGCGCACAACACCACACGAACAACAGCAGAGUCGCUCUGUGGAUGUGUCCAGCCGAACAGAUUUUGCCCCGCCCAGUCAUCCAGAGGACACUGGAUUGGUGGAGCAAAGUGAGCUCCCAUCUCUUAAACGCAGGAGAAUCCAACAUGAGAGAAGUGUGGCGAGCAUAGCUUGUCAGUGUGAGGAUGAGGAGGAUGAGGAUAAUGAGAGGCAUGGUGAGGAAGAAGGCCUGGUUCAAACCAGUGUUACAGAGGCUGUAGCAGAUCCCCCCAGAGGUUUAUGGGAGAGUGAUGCUUGGGUGCUGCUGAAACAGAAUGUCACAGAACACUUGCGCUGUGGACGUCUGGAGCGAGAGAGCAUUCCGGAAAGAUUCCGCUUUGACAAUCGAGAUCUCCUCCUUCAGAGGGUUAAUCUUCAGCCCGUCAGAUGGAACCCUGAGUUCAUCUGUCACACAGAGGCGGAGUCACACAUUCCUGUGGACUGUAAAGGCUAUUUCACACUCACUGUACUGGGUCUGAACCAGCAGAUGGCAGUAGACGUCCUGUUUGUGCCUGUCGUGUGUGCUGAUGAUCCCAGGGCUGUGGGAAUGCCCUCUGCUCUCCAUGAUAACUCAAUACUGUCCUGUUUGUCAGCAGGCCGCCUCUGCACCCCACCUGGCAACAGCUGCCCCAGCCUCGAGGGCUUACUGAACUCUGCUGCCACUCUGGACGGAGAGAGAGUGGUGUGUGUGCUGGACCUGUGUCUCCUUGGAGACGGGAGAGCGGAACAGAUCUGCUCCAAAGUCUACAGAAUGGCAGACAUUAAUCUGGCCUAG